AUGACUGAAAACCAGACAGCUCAUGUAAGAGCAUUAGUACUAGAUGCCACUCCAUUGAUUACGCAGUCAUAUACACAUUAUCAGAAUUAUGCCGAAUCCUUUUACACUACCCCUACAGUGUUCCAAGAAAUUAAGGAUGCCCAAGCUAGGAAAAACUUAGAGAUUUGGCAAAGUCUCGGAACUUUGAAAUUGGUUCACCCAAGCGAAACCUCGAUAGCUAGAAUAAGUACAUUCGCUAAGUUAACCGGUGAUUACUCCGUCCUAAGUGCUAACGAUUUACACAUUCUUGCCUUAGCAUACGAGUUAGAAGUGAAAUUCAAUAAAGGUGAUUGGAGGCUGAGGAAAAAACCAGGUGAUGCACUCGACGAGUUAAAAACCGAAGAAGAAGCAGAGGAGAAAGAAAAGGAGACUGAAAACAACGAAAAGGAGGAGAACACUGGAAACAUACCAAAGAAAAAAAACAGAAGAAGAGGAGGAAAGAAGCAAAAGGCCAAAAGAGAGACAAGAGAAACUGAAAAGUCAUCACCAACUGAGAACGAAAACAAGGUACACCUUGACCAAGACACUAAGACAGAAGAACACAUUGAAGAAACAGAAACCAAAGAGGGAGUAUCUAAUGAUGAAGGGACAAAGGAAACAUCCGAAUUGAAUGAAGAGUUCGAGAACGCUGAUGAUGAUGGUAGUUGGAUUACCCCAGAUAACUUGACAGAAUCAAUAAUUAGGGAUAAUGGUGAAGAUACUACUGGUUCGUUAGGCGUUGAAGCGUCCGAAGAGGAUCGCCAUGUUGCUUUGAACCGUCCAGACAACCAAGUGGCAUUAGCCACCGGUGAUUUUGCUGUUCAAAAUGUAGCACUGCAGAUGAACUUGAAUCUGAUGAAUUUUAUGUCAGGCCUGAAGAUCAAGCGACUUCGUAAUUACAUGCUAAGGUGCCACGCCUGUUUCAAGAUGUUCCCCUUACCAAAGGAUGGCAAACCGAAGCAUUUCUGUGCCUCGUGUGGUGGACAAGGUACCUUAUUAAGAUGUGCGGUUUCUGUGGACUCGCGCACAGGCAUGAUUACACCGCACUUGAAGGCCAAUUUCCAAUGGAACAAUAGAGGUAACAGAUACUCCGUAGCCAGCCCCCUAUCCAAAAACUCUCAGAAAAGAUACGGUAAAAAGGGACAUGUACAUUCCAAGCCACAGGAAAACGUGAUUCUCAGAGAAGACCAAAAAGAAUACGAAAAAGUGAUAAAGCAAGAAGACUGGACCAGAAGGCACAAUGAGAAGAUUCUAAAUAACUGGAUCGGUGGCGGCUCUGCAGACAACUACAUCUCUCCGUUCGCCAUUACCGGCCUGAAGCAACAUAACGUCCGCAUAGGUAAGGGAAGAUAUGUCAAUAGUUCCAAAAGAAGAAGCUAG